UGAAACACAGAGGUUAAACGGAUUUUGACAAAAGUUAGCCAAAAAAAAAAUAUAAAAAAAAAGAAGAAAAAAAAAGUGAAACUAUUUUUCGGCUCGCGAUCGUCGUCAAUUCGAUUCACCUGUUAACGCAAUUCAAGCGUAUCUUCUCCGGCGUAAUCAUGACAACUUCAAAGAGACUGGCAGACAGGAAGAUAGAGAAGUUUGACAAGAACAUUACUAAGAGAGGUUUUGUGCCAGAGACCACCACCAAGAAGGGCAAGGAUUACCCUGUCGGUCCCAUCCUUCUCGGCUUCUUUAUCUUCGUCGUCAUUGGAUCUUCGCUCUUCCAGAUCAUCAGGACCGCAACUAGCGGGGGCAUGGCGUAAACCGAAUCCAAUUCAAGCUAGAAGAUGCAGUUUUCAAAAUGAAUAUCUCUUCUUCUUACUUGUCUCUUUUUCUCUCCUUCAUACUGUAGAACGCGUCGACUUUCUGUUUACUACAUGAUGUUAAUGUUGUGAAGAAUAUUUUGUUGAAGUUAUUACAUCAGACGUUAUAUAUUUUGUUGAAGUUUAAUGCCCUCGGUGUUAUGCUUUU